AUGGAUAAUAAUAGAAUGAGUGUUGGAACUUCUGGUUCCCUGACAAAUAUUGGCACUCUUUCUCCUGUUGUUAUGUUUGAUUGGAUUCGGAACGAGAUACAAGAACUUCAAUCUGACCAGCUUACUCUUAUCUUCGCGCAGGCAUUGGAACGACAAUCAGAUAGAGUACUUCAGUUAAUGCGUCAUGCUUUUGAUAACAGAGGUUUUCUUAUUAAUGUUUCCAUUUUUAAAAAUUUCUCAGAGGAUGACGUUUCCGUAAUAAUGCUCAAAGAUGUGGCCAACUUUACGCGAAAUAAGAAUCAAAAAUAUCAGGACAUUGAUGAUUUUGUUUUAAUUUCACAUUAUCUAUGGAAAUUAUUGUGCAAAACGUCUAAAAGGUCCGUCGUAAAUCUUGGAACUUAUUCUGAUCGUCCAAUGGAGGAUUUGUUUGAAGAAGAGAUAGAGGAUGAUGACGAGGAAUCUCUAAUUAAGAUUCCUUCACGGAAGUGUGUUAAGGCUGUGAAUCGUAGAGGACUUAAAAAUGAGGCAAGUUCUGUCAAUGCUGAGUCUAAAAUGAUUCUCCGUCGAAAUGUUACACCUGCUGAAGGACAACGCGACCAAAUUCAUGAUGUCUCAUCCGAUACGACACAAAAUGAAGAAACUGCAAAUUUGGACUAUGUUGAGGCUAGCGAUGAUGAUGAUCGAUAUUUGAGAGCUAGUUUACGAGAAGAAAGUUUGGAUGAUUUUUUCUCUAAUGACAAGGAUCCUGAAAAGCCUGACGAAGAGUAUAUUGUCAAAGAAGUUGAGGACACCAAUAUGCAAGAUUUAAAUGAAAUUGCAACUGAGGUUAAGAAGGAAUUGAUGAGUGAUACGGAAGAAGAAGCGGAGGAAGUUGAAGAACAGAUUGAUGUGCAACAAACUAAUAUGCAAAAUUCUGUUAUUAUUGUGAAACAAGAAGAGAACUACGACGGAUUUUCUAAUAAUGUUGGAAUGCAAAAUGCUCAAAUGAGUAAUAGUGUUAUUAUCUAUGAUCCAACAGAACAUCAAGAAAGUAGUAGUGCGACUUCUUCCAAUGAGCCUCUUCCUGAUCUUCAUCAAGACAUUCCUCUACCACCAGCGCCUAUUAAUCCUCGAUUACAACUUUCAGCAAUGAGUUCUUCAUCUUUGCCUGUUUACUCUAAAAAUUCUUCAUUAAAAUGGGGUCUUCGUAAUAAAUCAACUGUUUCUGCCAAGGCAAUUGCUCCUAAAGUAACACGAGAAGUUUGUAUAGAUCAGAGUUGUUCAAAUACUGACAUGGAAACGGGGGGAGUGAGUUCGAAACGACAAAGAGUGGAUUCAGUCGAGCAACCCAGAGAUUUGAAGGAAUCAUUCGAUGACGAAGAUUAUAGUGAAUUCUGUAUUGGUCCUCAACAGGCAAAACUUCCUUGGCAUAUGAGUCCAAUUUUGGUGAAUAAUAAUACUGAUACAACAGAAAUGUCUGACCCUUCUUCGUCCAACAAUAAAACGGGAUAUUCAUCAAAGAUCAAAAAGUAUCGUCGUGCUGAUUAUCUAAAGGAGCAGAAAGCCAGGAGGAAAGAGAUGAAGCAGGGUCGAAAUGUCAAAUUUUUCCGUGAUAAUGAUAAAGAAACUUCUUUACAAGUGACUAUACGCAAUUUUGUCAUUGAAGAAGGAAAUGUCUUUAAACGUUAUGACUAUGUAAACGAAUGUAAGAACAGACCUUUGGGCCAAAUAUCAGCAGUAGAUCCAUCUAAAAUUGGACACAGAAAAUUAACUAGACAAUUGAAAGCUGAGAUUAAAGCUCUUGUAUCUGAUGUGCUUCUUCGGGGAAGAAAUGUAGUGGAGCAGAACCUUGCCGAUACAUUUGUUGCUCCUGCUGAUAGGCUCUGUCGGAUUUCUCGUCUUUUUGUGACAGACUCAAUGCUUGCUAGUGUCAAGGAUGAGGUAUUCAGGAAUAUGUACAUCUUUCGUUUAGACUUUCACAAACAUAUGGACUUGUUUAUCUCACAAUUAGAUGUUCUGCAUCAGUAUAUUUUGAAUCAGCUAUGCGCAUUCGAAUUCUCGUACGUUUUUGUUUUGUACGGAUACGACCUCGUUAAUCAAGAGGGAACGCCUUCUCUCGAUUCUACUAUAAAACUCAAAAACUGGUUUGAAGAAAAUUUGAGUGGUUAUAAUUUGCAAAAGAGUAAAGAAGAUUGUGUUUACCAAUAUUCAAUUCCUCAAUUUGUUGUCGUCACUAUUCCUGAACUCGGUAGCCAUGCUGAACAAAUCAGAGCAUACAAUAAUGAAUUGAGAAUUCAUGUGCAAAAUAAACAGCAAGAGUCUCCUAAUGGAAAGUUUGGUGAUUUCAUUCUACUAGACUGGGCUCAGAUGAUGAUUGAGAAUGGUUCAAAUUCGGAUGAAUUGGCUAUCAAUGUAUUAGUGCGGAAGUUAAUAGAUUUUGGUGUUCUCUUUAAAUGA